AUGGAUUUCAAUCGAGAUGCUGGUAAAGAGACAGUCAGUCAGCUUCAACUCAAUAUUCAAAAUCUGAAUCAACAAGUAAUCCAAUUGGAGUCAUUCAUCACAAAUCUGUCAGAUAGCAGUGCUGCCGGGCAACGAGAGCGAGAGCUUUUCAAUAAGAAAGCUCACGAUGCUCAGGAAUUAUCGAAAGAUACGAAUACAUUACUGAAAAAGUUGGUUGUGAUGAGUAACUCUGAUCGAAGAGCAGCACAAACUGAAAAAGCUGGAAUGGUGGCUGCAGAAAUGGAUGCACAAGCCGCACGAGAUGAGAAUGAAAUGUAUGGAAAUCAGGGAAGAAGUGGACAAAUGCAAAUGACGGCUCAGCAACAGGGAAAUUUGGCUGAUAUCAAAGAACGACAGCAUGCAUUGCAACAAUUGGAGAGAGAUAUUGGGGAUGUGAAUGCGAUUUUUGCCGAACUCGCAAAUAUCGUUCAUGAGCAAGGUGACAUGAUGGAUUCUAUUGAGGCAAACGUUGAGCAUGCACAGAUUUAUGUAGAACAGGGAGCUCAGAAUGUGCAGCAAGCAGUCUACUACAACCAAAAAGCUCGUCAAAAGAAGCUUCUUCUCCUCUGUUUCUUUGUUAUUCUCAUUUUCAUCAUUGGUUUGACUAUUUAUUUGGCCAAAUAG